AUGUCUCAUAAUAAUGUUGAUCAUGAAAGUGAUCUAUCAAGAAGACCUAAUCCAAAAGGUUGGACACCACCAAAAGCUCCUUACAAUCCAUAUGAUCCAAAUGAUAUAAGACCAGCAGAAGGUUAUCCAUCCGAAUACCAAAUUCCAAAUCAAGAACCAAAAGGAUUUUCAUCAAUACCCAAAAAGCCAACUCAAUAUCAAAAAAUAAAUGAAACAAUGUCAAGAUUAAAUUAUACAGCAAGACCAAAAUCAAAUAUAUACCCAAAUCAAUAUAAAAUGUUAAGACAAGUGGACACUAAUAAAAAUCUACAUUUUGGAUCAAGAUGGUUUAGUAUCUUUAUAGGUGGAUCAAUAAUAAUAUAUGGUGUAUUUUUCCAAAGAUGGAAUAAUGGUAAAGAAAAUGUAUUUAGUGAUUUUUAUAGAUCACAAUUGAAGUUUAAAGAAAGAAUAAUGGGAGGAUUAUCAGAAGUUGAACACGAUGAUUUAUAUUAUCCUAAUCAAAUUAGUGGUAGAUACUUAAAGAAUGUCAAAGAUGCUCAAUAUAUUAAUGAAGAUAUUAGAAAGACAAAAGAAAAUGAAUAUGUAUUAAAUAGACCUAGUGAAAGACAUAUAUUGGAAGCUGAAAGGAUUCAACAAGAAAAUGAAGAAAAAAUAUUACGAGGUUUGAGUUCUAAAAAUUGA